AUGGUCGAGAUCGACAGAGAGUUCCCAAGGAAAUGGCCAUUUGGCAUAGUUAUGACUGCCCAGUGGUUUGGUUGCUUUAUAUUGCUGAUCAUUUUAUACUGCUCACCGUUUUACUACAGUGGAACAUCGUUUGUGUUUUUCUGUGCUUGGACAAUGUUUUUUGCCAGCUUACUUACGUGGAUUGUCCAUCUACUUGGUUUUCAACGACAAAUAUUGAAUGUCGGACAGAUGUCCGCAUUUAUACCAUUUGCGCUUCUACUUUUCGUCUAUUCGCUGCUUUUUUUCUUCCUUUUCUGCAUUUCGGCACUGAUUUGCUUGAUUAGUAUGUUUUCAUCGAUUGGUUAUGCUGCCAGCCUUUUCUUCGUUUAUCUUUUUGCCACGUUACUUUGUCUGUUUUGUGCAGCAAUGUGUGGUUACUUGGCAAUCUUGCUGUACCGCAGUACUCCAAAUGGAUUGCUUUUGAACUUGAGAACGGUUAUAAUUGAAGGUGACAAAACGAGCACAAUUACUAACACAACAGCCGCGAUGCCUCCAGCAGUCUUCCCUCAAGGUACAAAUCCUGUAUAA